AUGUACUUCACCAACCCCGUGGCAAGCUUCCUCACGACCCUCCUCGCCUUCUUCGCCGUCCUCGCCUUGAUCCACAUCGCCCUGACGACAGUCUACCUAAUCUACACCUUCUUCCACUCGCCGAUCCGCCACAUCCCCGGCCCGCGCUACACCCUCAUCACGCACUACCCGCUCAAAUACCACAUCCUGACCGGCCGCCGCAUGUACCACAUCCACGCCCUGCACGCCCGCUACGGCCCCAUCGUGCGCAUCUCCCCGUCCGAGGUCGCCGUCGCCUCCCCCGAGGGCUUCGCCGCCAUCCAUCGCAUCGGCAGCGGCUUCCUCAAGUCCGCCUGGUACGAGGAGUCCACCCGCCCCGACGGCGGCGAGUCCAGCAUCUUCGCCAUGUCCGACCCGCGCCAGCACGCCCAGCGCCGCCGGCUCCUCGCGCGGGUGUUCACGAAGCAGUCCCUCCGCGCGGACUGGGAGGUCGUCGUGCGGGAAAAGGUCGAGCGCGCGGUCGACAGGAUACAGACGGAAGCGGCGGGCGGCGGGCGUUCGGACGUGUUGAAGUGGUGGACCAUGAUGACGACGGACACGAUCGCUCACCUGGCGUUUGGAGAGUCGUUCAAUAUGUUGGAAAUAGGAGAGAAAAACGACUACGUGAAAGCCCUCGAGCUAAUCUCCAUCCAAAACACGAUGCGCUACGAGCUGCCCCUCCUGCACUUCCUCCAACGCCUCGUCCCCUUCAAGCCCCGGCAGGGCCCGCCGGACGCGCAGCACGUGCUCAAGGUCUACGGCAAAAAGGCGGUCGCCAACGUCCGCAAGCACAGCGGCGACCGGCCGAACCUCUUCGGGCGCAUGAUCGAGGCGAGCGAGGCCGGCGAGAAGCAGUGGCUGACGGAGGAGGUCGUCGAGUCCGAGGCCAAGAGCAUGAUCAUCGGCGGUUCCGACACCACCUCGGUCACGCUCACGUACCUCGUGUGGGCCGUCCUCAAGCGCCCGGAGCUGCGCGCGCGGCUCGAGGAGGAGGUGGACGCCGUGGGCGCCGGGUUCGACGACGCGGUGCUCGAGAAGCUGCCGCUGCUGAACGCGGUCAUCGACGAGACGCUGAGGCUGUACGGGGCGGCGCCCGGGCAGCUGCAGAGAGUGGUGCCGCCUAAAGGGAUCACCAUCGGGGGCUACUACAUUCCUAACGACUUUACGGUCGAGACGCAGGCGUACACGCUGCAUCGGGAUCCGGAGGUCUGGCCUGACCCGUACCGCUUCGAUGAGACGAGGUUCUUGGACCACAGCAAGCUUACCCCGCAGCAGAAGCUUCUCUUCUCACCUUUCGGGGCGGGGUCCCGAAUUUGCUUGGGCAUUGAGCUGGCGAGGAUGGAGAUGCGCCUGGCCACGACGGUCCUCUUCAGGAGGUGCAAGGGGCUGAGACUCGCGCCGGGCACCAACGACGAGACCAUGGAGAUGGAGAACUUUUUCAUGAUCAACCCGCGCGGGCACAAGUGUGAGGUGACAAUGCCGUGA